UUAAAAGAAACAGCCAAAUGAGAAACAAGAGAGUUUUUCUCGUCGUCUUGGUCUUCUUCUUCUUUGUCUUUUUUGUGGAAUUCAGCAGAGGACAGAACAACAGAAAAACAGAAGUCAAUGUUGGUAUUGUAACAGAUGUCGGGAAGAUGCAUUCAGACAUUGAACUGCUCUGCAUCAACAUGUCUCUUGCUGAUUUCUACUCUUCUCGUCCCCAAUUCCAGACAAGGCUUGUUGUCAACAUCGGCGACUCCAGAAACGAUGUCCUUGGUGCCGCUGCUGCAGCUCUUCAGCUGAUAAAGAACAAUCAAGUGAAGGCAAUUUUGGGGCCAUGGACUUCCAUGCAAGCUAAUUUUUUGGUUGAGAUUGGCCAAAAAUCACUGGUCCCGAUUGUUUCCUACUCCGCAACAGGCCCAUUUCUUACUUCCCUUCGUAGUCCAUACUUCUUUCGUGCUACGUACGAAGACUCCUCUCAACUGCAGGCCAUAAAAUCUAUCAUCAAAUUGUUUGGGUGGAGAGAAGUUGUGCCAGUUUACAUCGACAACACCUUUGGAGAAGGUAUAAUGCCUCGUCUCACUGAUGCAUUACAAGAUAUUAAUGUUCGGAUACCUUAUAGAUCCGUUAUUGCUCUCAAUGCCACGGAUCAUGAAAUCUCUGUGGAGCUUAUUAAGAUGAUGACCAUGCCCACAAGAGUGUUCAUUGUCCACAUGUACUCUUCUCUUGCCUCAAGAUUUUUUACUAAAGCAAAGGAGAUUGGUUUGAUGAGACCUGGAUAUGUCUGGAUCCUUACCAAUGGAGUUACUGAUGACUUAAGUUCAAUAGAUGAAACUGACAUUGAGGCUAUGGAGGGGGUAUUGGGUGUUAAAACUUAUAUUCGGAAAUCCAAAGAUCUAGAAAAGUUUAGAUCUCGAUGGAGGAAGCGAUUUCCACAGAUGGAGCUCAAUGUAUAUGGAUUGUUGGCUUAUGAUGCUACCACCGCGCUGGCGAUGGCUAUUGAAGAAGCUGGAAUAGAUAACAUGACUUUCAGUAAUGCAGAUCUUGGGAAAAAUGUGUCUGAACUUGAGGCUCUUGGUUUAUCUCAUUACGGUCCCAAGCUUCUCCAGACACUCUCAAUAGUUCAGUUUAAAGGACUUGCAGGAGAUUUCCGUUUUGUCAAUGGGCAACUGCAACCAUCGGUGUUUGAGAUUGUUAAUGUGAUCGGUACCGGAGUAAGGUCAAUAGGAUUCUGGACAGAGGAAAAUGGUCUUGUGAAGAAACUAGACCAGCAACCGAGGAGCAUGAGCGCUUUAUCUACUUGGAAUGAUCAUUUUAGAUACAUUAUAUGGCCUGGAGAUGCUGAUUCUAUUCCAAAUGGGAAGAGGUUGCGGAUUGGAGUUCCUAAGCGAACCGAUUUCACUGACCUCGUGAAGGUCACAAGGGAUCCUAUCACCAAUUCAACAGUAGUCACAGGUUUCUGCAUAGAUUUCUUCGAGGCUGUGAUGCGCGCAAUGCCUUAUGAGGUCUCCUAUGAGUUCAUUCCUUUCCUGAAACACAAUGAUCAACCAGCCGGGGAUUACAAUGACUUGGUCCACCAAGUGUACCUCGCGAGAUAUGACGCCGUUGUGGGAGAUACAACCAUACUAGCAAAUAGGUCCUCUUACGUCGACUUCACAUUACCAUUCAUUAGAUCAGAUGUAGGAUUAAUCGUCUCCAUUGAAGACCAAGUGAAAAGAGACAAUGCCACUAUCUUUAAACCUUUAUCAUGGGAACUGUGGUUGACUUCCUUUGCCUUUUUCUUCCUUAUUGGAUUUACUGUUUGGGUUCUUGAACAUAGGGAUAACUCGGAGUUCCGUGGACCUGCUAAUUACCAAGCUAGUACUAUCAUCUGGUUUGCUUUCUCCACCAUGGGUUUUGCUUCAAGAGAAAGAGUGUUUACCUUCUGGGCGAUGGUCCUAGUUAUCACAUGGUACUUCAUUGUUUUCGUGUUAACUCAGAGUUACACAGAUAGUUUGACAUCACUUUUGACAUCACAACAACUAACUCCAACCAUAACCAGCAUGAGUAGCUUGCUCUCGAGAGGAGAAAGAGUGGGUUAUCCGAGAACAUCCUUCAUCCUUGGAAAGCUUAAACAAACUGGUUUCUCGCAAUCUAGUCUUGUGCCCUUUGAUACCGUAGAAGAAUGUAAUGAGCUUCUGAGAAAAGGAUCAAAAAAAGGCGGUGUCUCUGCAGCUUUCUUAGAAAUUCCUUACUUGAGACUCUUUCUUAGAAAUUAUUGCAACACUUAUAAAAUUGUUGAAGUGCCUUUCGAGGUUGAUGGAUUUGGCUUCACAGAAGAAAGUUGUCCAGACCUUGAGCUUGAUGGUGUGAAAGGAUGGGCAAUGCCAACAAAUUGGAAGAAGUUGCGCAUCGGAGUUCCAAAGAGAAGUGGUUACACCGAUCUCGUGAAGGUCACAAGGGAUCCUAUCAAAAACUCAGCGAUUGUCCCCGGUUUGUGCAUAGAUAUCUUAGAGGUUGUGAUCCGAGCAAUGCCUUGUGAUGUCUCCUAUGAGUUCUUUCAUUUUGAGAAACCCAAUGGUGAAUCAGCUGGUGAUUACAACGACUUGGUCUACCAAGUGUAUUUCGGGGUGAAUAAGCAUAAUUAUCCCACAUAAUAGCAUUUACAAAAAUCAUCUUAGUGAACUGAUCCUCAA